UUAAUGGCGCGGACGCCGGCGGCGGCGGGCUCCUGGCCGGGCCAGCGCAGCGGAAGAGCCAAGCCAGCAUGUCGGGGACCCGAGCCUCCAACGACCGGCCCCCCGGCGCGGGCGGCGUCAAGCGGGGGCGGCUGCAGCAGGAGGCGGCGGCGACCGGCUCCCGCGUGACGGUGGUGCUGGGCGCGCAGUGGGGGGACGAGGGCAAAGGCAAGGUGGUGGACCUGCUGGCCACGGACGCCGACAUCAUCAGCCGCUGCCAGGGGGGCAACAACGCGGGCCACACGGUGGUAGUGGACGGGAAGGAGUACGACUUCCACCUGCUGCCCAGCGGCAUCAUCAACACCAAGGCCCUGUCCUUCAUUGGCAACGGGGUGGUCAUCCACUUGCCAGGCUUGUUUGAGGAAGCAGAGAAGAAUGAGAAGAAAGGCCUGAAGGACUGGGAGAAGAGGCUCAUCAUCUCUGACAGAGCCCACCUUGUGUUUGAUUUUCACCAGGCCGUGGACGGACUUCAGGAAGUGCAGCGCCAGGCACAAGAGGGGAAGAAUAUAGGUACCACCAAGAAGGGAAUUGGACCAACCUACUCAUCCAAAGCGGCCCGGACAGGCCUCCGCAUCUGUGACCUCCUGUCAGAUUUUGAUGAGUUUUCCUCCAGAUUCAAGAACCUGGCCCACCAGCACCAGUCGAUGUUCCCCACCCUGGAAAUAGACGUUGAAGGCCAGCUCAAAAGGCUCAAGGGCUUUGCUGAGCGGAUCAGACCCAUGGUCCGAGACGGUGUUUACUUUAUGUAUGAGGCACUCCACGGCCCCCCCAAGAAGAUCCUGGUGGAGGGUGCCAAUGCUGCCCUCCUCGACAUUGACUUCGGGACCUACCCCUUUGUGACUUCAUCCAACUGCACAGUGGGUGGCGUGUGCACAGGCCUGGGUAUCCCCCCACAGAACAUAGGUGACGUGUAUGGCGUGGUCAAGGCCUACACCACACGUGUGGGCAUCGGGGCCUUCCCCACCGAGCAGAUCAAUGAGAUCGGAGACCUGCUGCAGAGCCGCGGCCACGAGUGGGGGGUGACCACAGGCAGGAAGAGGCGCUGUGGCUGGCUCGACCUGAUGAUUCUGAGAUACGCUCACAUGGUCAAUGGAUUCACUGCGCUGGCCCUGACGAAGCUGGACAUCCUGGACGUGCUGGGCGAGAUUAAAGUCGGCGUCUCAUACAAGCUGAACGGGAAAAGGAUUCCCUAUUUCCCAGCUAACCAGGAGAUGCUUCAGAAGGUUGAAGUCGAAUAUGAAACGCUGCCUGGCUGGAAAGCAGACACCACAGGCGCCAGGAGAUGGGAGGACCUGCCCCCGCAGGCCCAGAACUACAUCCGAUUUGUGGAGAAUCACGUGGGAGUCGCAGUCAAAUGGGUUGGUGUUGGCAAGUCAAGAGAGUCAAUGAUUCAGCUGUUUUAGUCACAGACAGCUGAUCCCAACUGUCCCUGGCAGCAUCUGGACUUGUGUAAACAGCGGCAAUCACAUUCCUCGGCCGUCAUAACAACACCAAAGCAGGAAAACCAUUUUCUGAACUUUUAGAUUUCUGUUCAACCUGGUGGUUUCUACAAUGAUUUUAAACAUUGGAAAGCCAGCCUUGUGUAUAUUUUUUAAAAUUCUGCUAUUUAAAAUGAGCCAAAAUACUCAAAGCAGAGACCUUCUAUGACACGUUAGUGUCACAUGGUUGCGUGUCCAGCCGGAGCAGUGUCAUAAUAAACAUCUCCAAUGGCCACUGAAUGAAGUGGUCAUUACAUGAUUGA